CGCCAAGUGACCACAAAACCUUUGCACGGAUGCGCUUCAUUGGCCAAUCGCUAAUGCAACCCCAUGCCCAUACCGAUCUUUCAGGAGCUGUCAGAAAAUCGUCGACAUCAAGAAUCGAUAAACAAACUUAGCUAUCUAUGCGCACCGCUUGCGACGUCUACACGGAGGGUUCGGGCUAUAUAUCCUAGUAGAACGAAGAAAUAGGAGGAGCAGAAAGUGGCCAAGAUCAAAGAAUCGACCCUGUCUACACUGCAAUGGAUUGAACAUUGUGGUGCAGGCGUACAUUCGAUCGCGAAGGAAGUGGCUAAACAGAUCGAUACCACGGAGCACACGAUUCAAAUGGAUAUUACUGAAGUAACAGCACCGGUACAGGAUGAAGUUGCCUCAACUUCUCUCUCCUUUCGGGCUGUUAUCCCAGUCGACGUGCUAAUCAAGGAUCUUACAGUUGAAAUUGACAUGACUCCUCCAUCAUGGCAGACCGCACCAGGCCGGAUGUGGAAACGACUGACAGGUUCGAAACUAGCUCAUAAUGAAGGAAAUUCCUCAUACAAAACCAUCCUCCAAGACAUUACUGCUGAUAUACCACCCGGGAGCUUGACCGCAGUGAUCGGAAGUAGUGGAUCUGGCAAGACAUCGUUCCUCAACGUCGUAGCUGGGAGGAUGAAUUCCAGCCGGCUUCGAAUUUCAGGCACAACGAAAUUCAAUGGGGAUGCGGACCGUUCCCAUACGCGGAGCAGCUAUGUGAUGCAACAGGAUGUGCUCAUACCAACACUAACGGUGAGAGAGACACUUCAGUAUGCCGCUGAUCUUCGUCUUCCACCGCCUAUGAAUAAGUCCGAACGAAAGGAUAUUGUGGAACAAGUCAUUAUGGAGCUAGGACUAAAAGAGUGUGCAAACACGCGGAUUGGAAACAGUGCACACAAGGGUUGCAGCGGUGGCGAGAAGAGGCGAACAAGCAUUGGAGUGCAAAUGCUAGCCAAUCCUUCACUCCUUUUUUGCGAUGAACCAACAACGGGUAUGUUAUCCCUGACAACUCACAAAAAUGGCGACAAGACUAAGUGCCAGUAGGUCUUGAUGCUACGAGUGCGGUUAUUGUAUCCAUCCAUGCUCCUCGUUCGGAGAUCUGGAAUUUGUUCGAUCAUGUAAUUCUGCUCUCACGCGGAGCACCUCUAUACAGUGGACCUUUAUCGGCAUCUCUGCCGUAUUUCAAAGCACUCGGCUAUGCAAUGCCGGAAUUUGUCAACCCAGCAGAAUUCUUGAUCGAUUUGGCCGCAAUUGAUAAUCGAUCCCCUGAUUUGGAGAAUACAUCUCUGGCACGGGUCAAUUUCCUCCGAGAAGCGUGGAAAUCCAAACUGAAAGAGGACGAUGAAAUAGAGAAGAAUAGUGAGCAGCCUUCGCCCGUUCAACCCGCGGCCGCGCGGAUGCCGAAGAAAGUUCCUUUUAUCCGAGAAUUCAACGUUC